GGAAAACAAGGGCUUUGUUCAGAACAAUAGAUCAAACUUUCAAGGGAUUAAAUUCUGUUCAGCUCCAAUGGCAGGCCAUAUUCGUCAGCUUUUCCUCAGAGGGUAUGUUUCCGGAUUUCUCUUUCUUUCUGCCAUCAUGAACACGGUAUUCUCCGUCACUCAUUAUUCUGUUCCUGAAGAAAUGGAGGAAGGCUCUAUCGUCGCUAAUUUGGCAACUGACCUGGGACUAGAUGUGAAGACGCUCAAAGGAAGAAAAAUGCGGCUUGACGUUGUGGGUAAUAAAAAAUACCUCGACAUCAAUAAGGACACUGGAGAGCUGUUUAUUUUGGAAAGGAUUGACCGAGAGUUUUUGUGUGCCAUUAAGACAACUGAAUCAUGCUUUCUACGGUUAGACGCUGCAAUUGAAAAUCCAAUACGAAUGUUCAAUAUCGAGGUUGAAAUCACGGACAUCAAUGACAACGCUCCUCAUUUUCGAAGGGGGACGAUGCAUCUGGACAUUUCUGAGUCCAGCCCUGUUGGAGAAAGAUUCUCACUGAAUAACGCUGCAGACCCGGAUGUUGGAGCAAAUUCAGUGAAAAACUACCACCUGAGCUCGAGUGAUCAUUUCUCCAUUGAGAUUCAAACUGGAAGAGACGGGACAAAGUUCGCUGAUUUAGUGUUGAAAAAAGCUUUAGACAGAGAGAAGCAGGCUGUUCAUAAUCUCAUUCUCACUGCUGUGGACGGGGGAGUUCCCACGCGCACAGGUACAGCCAGCAUCAUUGUUCGCGUGCUCGAUGUGAACGACAACGCCCCUUCAUUUGACAAAGACAAAUACGUGGUAGAGGUGAUGGAAAACUCUCCAAUUGGCAGCCUAGUUAUUAAACUGAACGCCACUGAUUUAGAUGAGGGGUCUAACUCUGAUAUCAUUUAUUCAUAUAGUUUAUACACAUCAGAGAGGACGCAACAGAUGUUUAAUCUUAAUCCAGAAAAUGGUGAAAUUAGAGUGAGAGAGAUGAUCAACUAUGAAGACUUUAAGCUUUAUGACAUGGAAGUUAUUGUCAGUGAUAAGGGGCCAACCUCCUUAUCAGGACAGUGUAAACUGACAAUACAGGUGACUGACAUGAAUGAUAACCAUCCAGAAAUAUCCAUCAAAUCAUUUCAGAGUCCAAUCAAAGAGAACGAACCCAUAGACACAGUGAUAGCUGUGGUUAGUGUGAGUGAUAAAGACUCAGGGGACAAUGGAGUGGUUGAUCUUCAUAUCCCAGAUAACAUGCCGUUCAAACUGAGGGAGUCCUCUGAUAACUAUUAUGAAUUAGUGGUGUCAGAGCCCUUAGACCGUGAGAAGGUUCCAGAAUAUGACAUCACUUUCACUGUGACAGACAGAGGGUCUCCUCCUUUAUCUGACAAUGAGACGAUGACCUUAGAGCUGCUGGAUGUCAACGACAACGUCCCACAGUUCCCUCAGUCAUUUUAUACUAUACGUGUCAUGGAGAAUAACGCACCUGGAGCCCUGCUCAGCUCGCUCACUGCCUUUGACCCUGACCUCCAUGAAAACCAGUAUCUGGUUUAUUUCAUCAUCGAGAAGGAGAUAGCCAACACCUCCAUGUCCAUGCUGUUCUCCAUCAACCCAGAGAACGGAAAUCUUUACGCACUCAAAACGUUUGACUAUGAGAUCGAGAAGGACUUUCUCUUCCACAUCGAGGCCAGAGACUCUGGCUCUCCUCCACUCAGCAGCAACGUCACGGUGCACAUCAUCAUCGUGGACCAAAACGACAACGCUCCGGUCAUCGUGUCACCGUGGCGCGCGCACGGCUCGGUGGUGGAGGAGAAGAUCCCCAGGUCCACUGACAAAGGCUCUCUGGUUGCCAAGGUGAUCGCCUUGGACACAGACUCUGUGCACAACUCUCGAAUCACAUACCAGUUCCUGCAGGUGACUGACGCCACCUUGUUCAGUCUGGACCAGUACAACGGAGAGAUCCGGACCAUGAGGAUGUUCAGCUACAGAGAUCCACGACACCAGAGACUAGUGGUUGUUGCCAAGGACAACGGGGAGCCCGCUCUGUCUGCCACAGUCACCAUCAAGCUGGCCACAGUGGAGACUGCUGUGAAGGCCUACUCUGACAUGACUGAGGUGCCUCUGGAGUACGACAUCUUCUCUGACCUCAACCUGUACCUGGUCAUCGGUCUGGGCUCCGUGUCAUUUCUCCUGCUCAUCACCAUCUUGGUCACCAUCGUGCUCAAGUGUCAGAAAAGCAAGCCCAGCAAAGCGGCUCCUCCCUGCAGGAACAGUGUGAUCAGUGAGAGGAACUCCACCAUCGCAGACUCCACUCUGGUCUCCAACGAUGCCUACUGGUACAGUCUGUUUCUAGCAGAGACCAGGAAAGGAAAGCUGGUGGUCAGACAGCCUGUGCCAAAGGGCUCCAGAUACAUCGUGUCCAGCAUCCCGAGAGGAACAGGACUCACUGACACCAGUGACUCAGCAGCAUCCACUCUGCAGGAAAACAACGGGUUUAUUCUCAACAAUCCAUCAAACUUUCAAGGGAUUAAAAUCUAUUCAGCUCACAUGGCAGUGACUACUCCUCAACUCCCCCUCAAAGGGUAUGUUUCCGGAUUUAUCUUUCUUUCUGCCAUCAUUAACACGGUAUUCUCCGUCACGCAUUAUUCUGUUCCUGAAGAAAUGGAGGAAGGCUCUAUCGUUGCUAAUUUAGCAACAGACCUGGGACUAGAUGUGAAGACGCUCAAAGGAAGGAAAAUGCGUGUUGACGUCGUGGGUAAUAAAAAAUACCUCGACAUCAAUAAAGAUACAGGAGAGCUGUUUAUUUUGGAAAGGAUUGAUCGGGAGUUUUUAUGUCCCUUAAAAACAACUACAUAUUGCUUUCUAAAACUGGACGCUACAAUUGAAAAUCCAAUUCGAAUGUUUAAUAUUGAAGUGGAAAUUAUGGACAUCAAUGACAACGCUCCUCAUUUUCGAAGAGGGACGAUGCAUCUGGACAUUUCUGAGUCCAGCCCUGUUGGAGAAAGAUUCUCACUGAAUAACGCUGCAGACCCGGAUGUUGGAGCAAAUUCAGUGAAAAACUACCACCUGAGCUCGAGUGAUCAUUUCUCCAUUGAGAUUCAGACAGGGAGGGAUGGAUCAAAGUUCGCUGAUUUAGUGUUGGCAAAAGCUUUAGACAGAGAGAAGCAGGCUGUUCAUAAUCUCAUUCUCACUGCUGUGGACGGUGGAGUUCCCACGCGCACAGGUACAGCCAGCAUCAUUGUCCGCGUGCUCGAUGUGAACGACAACGCCCCUUCAUUUGACAAAGACAAAUACGUGGUAGAGGUGAUGGAAAACUCUCCAAUUGGCAGCCUAGUUAUCAAACUGAACGCUACUGAUUUAGAUGAGGGGUCUAACUCUGAUAUCAUUUAUUCAUAUAGUUUAUACACAUCAGAGAGGACGCAACAGAUGUUUAAUCUUAAUCCAGAAAAUGGUGAAAUUAGAGUGAGAGAGAUGAUCAACUAUGAAGACUUUAAGCUUUAUGACAUGGAAGUUAUUGCCAGUGAUAAGGGGCCAAACUCCUUAUCAGGACAGUGUAAAAUGACAAUACAGGUGACUGACAUGAAUGAUAACCAUCCAGAAAUAUCCAUCAAAUCAUUUCAGAGUCCAAUCAAAGAGAAUGAACCCAUAGACACAGUGAUAGCUGUGGUGAGUGUGAGUGAUAAAGACUCAGGGGACAAUGGAGUGGUUGAUCUUCAUAUCCCAGAUAACAUGCCGUUCAAACUGAGGGAGUCCUCUGAUAACUAUUAUGAAUUAGUGGUGUCAGAGCCCUUAGACCGUGAGAAGGUUCCAGAAUAUGACAUCACUUUCACUGUGACAGACAGAGGGUCUCCUCCUUUAUCUGACAAUGAGACGAUGACCUUAGAGCUGCUGGAUGUCAACGACAACAUCCCACAGUUCCCUCAGUCAUUUUAUACUAUACGUGUCAUGGAGAAUAACGCACCUGGAGCCCUGCUCAGCUCUCUCACUGCCUUUGACCCUGACCUCCAUGAAAACCAGUAUCUGGUUUAUUUCAUCAUCGAGAAGGAGAUAGCCAACACCUCCAUGUCCAUGCUGUUCUCCAUCAACCCAGAGAACGGAAAUCUUUACGCACUCAAAACUUUUGACUAUGAGAUCGAGAAGGACUUUCUCUUCCACAUCGAGGCCAGAGACUCUGGCUCUCCUCCACUCAGCAGCAACGUCACGGUGCACAUCAUCAUCGUGGACCAAAACGACAACGCUCCGGUCAUCGUGUCACCGUGGCGCGCGCACGGCUCGGUGGUGGAGGAGAAGAUCCCCAGGUCCACUGACAAAGGCUCUCUGGUUGCCAAGGUGAUCGCCUUGGACACAGACUCUGUGCACAACUCUCGGAUCACAUACCAGUUCCUGCAGGUGACUGACGCCACCUUGUUCAGUCUGGACCAGUACAACGGAGAGAUCCGGACCAUGAGGAUGUUCAGCUACAGAGAUCCGCGACACCAGAGACUGGUGGUUGUUGCCAAGGACAACGGGGAGCCCGCUCUGUCUGCCACAGUCACCAUCAAGCUGGCCACAGUGGAGACUGCUGUGAAAGCCUACUCUGACAUGACUGAGGUGCCUCUGGAGUACGACAUCUUCUCUGAUCUCAACCUGUACCUGGUCAUCGGUCUGGGCUCCGUGUCAUUUCUCCUGCUCAUCACCAUCUUGGUCACCAUCGUGCUCAAGUGUCAGAAAAGCAAGCCCAGCAAAGCGGCUCCUCCCUGCAGGAACAGUGUGAUCAGUGAGAGGAACUCCACCAUCGCAGACUCCACUCUGGUCUCCAACGAUGCCUACUGGUACAGUCUGUUUCUAGCAGAGACCAGGAAAGGAAAGCUGGUGGUCAGACAGCCUGUGCCAAAGGGCUCCAGAUACAUCGUGUCCAGUAUCCCGAGAGGAACAGGACUCACUGACACCAGUGACUCAGCAGCAUCCACUCUGCAGAGCACUACAUCAUGUCUUCUACGAUUAGACGCCAUAAUUGAAAAUCCUGUUCGAAUGUUCAAUAUCGAGGUUGAAAUCACUGACAUCAAUGACAACGCUCCUCAUUUUCGAAGAGGGACGAUGCAUCUGGACAUUUCUGAGUCCAGCCCUGUUGGAGAAAGAUUCUCACUGAAUAACGCUGCAGACCCGGAUGUUGGAGCAAAUUCAGUGAAAAACUACCACCUGAGCUCGAGUGAUCAUUUCUCCAUUGAGAUUCAAACUGGAAGAGACGGGACAAAGUUCGCUGAUUUAGUGUUGAAAAAAGCUUUAGACAGAGAGAAGCAGGCUGUUCAUAAUCUCAUUCUCACUGCUGUGGACGGGGGAGUUCCCACGCGCACAGGUACAGCCAGCAUCAUUGUUCGCGUGCUCGAUGUGAACGACAACGCCCCUUCAUUUGACAAAGACAAAUACGUGGUAGAGGUGAUGGAAAACUCUCCAAUUGGAAGCCUAGUUAUUAAACUGAACGCUACUGAUUUAGAUGAGGGGUCUAACUCUGAUAUCAUUUAUUCAUAUAGUUUAUACACAUCAGAGAGAACGCAACAGAUGUUUAAUCUAAAUCCAGAAAAUGGUGAAAUUAGAGUGAGAGAGAUGAUCAACUAUGAAGACUUUAAGCUUUAUGACAUGGAAGUUAUUGCCAGUGAUAAGGGGCCAAACUUCUUAUCUGGACAGUGUAAACUGACAAUACAGGUGACUGACCAUCCAGAAAUAUCCAUCAAAUCAUUUCAGAGUCCAAUCAAAGAGAAUGAACCCAUAGACACAGUGAUAGCUGUGGUGAGUGUGAGUGAUAAAGACUCAGGGGACAAUGGAGUGGUUGAUCUUCAUAUCCCAGAUAACAUGCCGUUCAAACUGAGGGAGUCCUCUGAUAACUAUUAUGAAUUAGUGGUGUCAGAGCCCUUAGACCGUGAGAAGGUUCCAGAAUAUGACAUCACUUUCACUGUGACAGACAGAGGGUCUCCUCCUUUAUCUGAUAAUGAGACGAUGACCUUAGAGCUGCUGGAUGUCAACGACAACAUCCCACAGUUCCCUCAGUCAUUUUAUACUAUACGUGUCAUGGAGAAUAACGCACCUGGAGCCCUGCUCAGCUCUCUCACUGCCUUUGAUCCUGACCUCCAUGAAAACCAGUAUCUGGUUUAUUUCAUCAUCGAGAAGGAGAUAGCCAACACCUCCAUGUCCAUGCUGUUCUCCAUCAACCCAGAGAACGGAAAUCUUUACGCACUCAAAACGUUUGACUAUGAGAUCGAGAAGGACUUUCUCUUCCACAUCGAGGCCAGAGACUCUGGCUCUCCUCCACUCAGCAGCAACGUCACGGUGCACAUCAUCAUCGUGGACCAAAAUGACAACGCUCCGGUCAUCGUGUCACCAUGGCGUGCGCACGGCUCUGUGGUGGAGGAGAAGAUCCCCAGGUCCACUGACAAAGGCUCUCUGGUCGCCAAGGUGAUCGCCUUGGACACAGACUCUGUGCACAACUCUCGGAUCACAUACCAGUUCCUGCAGGUGACUGACGCCACCUUGUUCAGUCUGGACCAGUACAACGGAGAGAUCCGGACCAUGAGGAUGUUCAGCUACAGAGAUCCGCGACACCAGAGACUGGUGGUUGUUGCCAAGGACAACGGGGAGCCCACUCUGUCUGCUACAGUCACCAUCAAGCUGGCCACAGUGGAGACUGCUGUGAAAGCCUACUCUGACAUGACUGAGGUGCCUCUGGAGUACGACAUCUUCUCUGACCUCAACCUGUACCUGGUCAUCGGUCUGGGCUCCGUGUCAUUUCUCCUGCUCAUCACCAUCUUGGUCACCAUCGUGCUCAAGUGUCAGAAAAGCAAGCCCAGCAAAGCGGCUCCUCCCUGCAGGAACAGUGUGAUCAGUGAGAGGAACUCCACCAUCGCAGACUCCACUCUGGUCUCCAACGAUGCCUACUGGUACAGUCUGUUUCUAGCAGAGACCAGGAAAGGAAAGCUGGUGGUCAGACAGCCUGUGCCAAAGGGCUCCAGAUACAUCGUGUCCAGCAUCCCGAGAGGAACAGGACUCACUGACACCAGUGACUCAGCAGCAUCCACUCUGCAGGCACACGUCUAUUCAACACCUGUUGAACACAGCUCUACGCAAUCAACCACCAGCCUCCCUCUAGGCUUUGGAUACGGUUUCUUCACGAUGGCGCACCACACUCGAUCGGUGUUUGUCAGAGGGUACAUUUCCCUAUUUAUUUGCCUUUUUGCCAUAAUGAACACGGCGUUAUCCGUCACCCAUUAUUCAAUUCCUGAAGAAAUGGAAGAAGGCUCUCUCGUUGCUAAUUUAGCAACAGACCUGGGACUAGACGUGAAGACACUGAAAGGAAGGAAAAUGCGUGUCGAUGUUGUGGGUAAUAAAAAAUACCUCGACAUCAACAAAGACACUGGGGAGCUGUUUAUUUUGGAAAGAAUUGAUCGGGAGCUCUUGUGUCCCUUGAAGACAACUACAUCGUGCUUUUUAAGAUUAGACGCUACAAUUGAAAACCCUGUACGAAUGUUUAAUAUUGAAGUGGAAAUCACGGACAUCAAUGACAACGCUCCUCAUUUUCGGAGAGGGACGAUGCAUUUGGACAUUUCUGAGUCCAGCCCUGUUGGAGAAAGAUUCUCGCUGAAUAACGCUGCAGACCCGGAUGUUGGAGCAAAUUCAGUGAAAAACUACCACCUGAGCUCGAGUGAUCAUUUCUCCAUUGAGAUUCAGACAGGGAGGGAUGGAUCAAAGUUCGCUGAUUUGAUUCUGAAAAAAGCUUUAGACAGAGAGAAGCAGGCUGUUCAUAAUCUCAUUCUCACUGCUGUGGACGGUGGAGUUCCCACGCGCACAGGUACAGCCAGCAUCAUUGUUCGUGUGCUCGACGUGAACGACAACGCCCCUUCAUUUGACAAAGACAAAUACGUGGUAGAGGUGAUGGAAAACUCUCCAAUUGGAAGCCUAGUUAUUAAACUGAACGCUACUGAUUUAGAUGAGGGGUCUAACUCUGAUAUCAUUUAUUCAUAUAGUUUAUACACAUCAGAGAGAACGCAACAGAUGUUUAAUCUAAAUCCAGAAAAUGGUGAAAUUAGAGUGAGAGAGAUGAUCAACUAUGAAGACUUUAAGCUUUAUGACAUGGAAGUUAUUGCCAGUGAUAAGGGGCCAAACUUCUUAUCUGGACAGUGUAAACUGACAAUACAGGUGACUGACAUGAAUGACAACCAUCCAGAAAUAUCCAUCAAAUCAUUUCAGAGUCCAAUCAAAGAGAAUGAACCCAUAGACACAGUGAUAGCUGUGGUGAGUGUGAGUGAUAAAGACUCAGGGGACAAUGGAGUGGUUGAUCUUCAUAUCCCAGAUAACAUGCCGUUCAAACUGAGGGAGUCCUCUGAUAACUAUUAUGAAUUAGUGGUGUCAGAGCCCUUAGACCGUGAGAAGGUUCCAGAAUAUGACAUCACUUUCACUGUGACAGACAGAGGGUCUCCUCCUUUAUCUGAUAAUGAGACGAUGACCUUAGAGCUGCUGGAUGUCAACGACAACAUCCCACAGUUCCCUCAGUCAUUUUAUACUAUACGUGUCAUGGAGAAUAACGCACCUGGAGCCCUGCUCAGCUCUCUCACUGCCUUUGAUCCUGACCUCCAUGAAAACCAGUAUCUGGUUUAUUUCAUCAUCGAGAAGGAGAUAGCCAACACCUCCAUGUCCAUGCUGUUCUCCAUCAACCCAGAGAACGGAAAUCUUUACGCACUCAAAACGUUUGACUAUGAGAUCGAGAAGGACUUUCUCUUCCACAUCGAGGCCAGAGACUCUGGCUCUCCUCCACUCAGCAGCAACGUCACGGUGCACAUCAUCAUCGUGGACCAAAAUGACAACGCUCCGGUCAUCGUGUCACCAUGGCGUGCGCACGGCUCUGUGGUGGAGGAGAAGAUCCCCAGGUCCACUGACAAAGGCUCUCUGGUCGCCAAGGUGAUCGCCUUGGACACAGACUCUGUGCACAACUCUCGGAUCACAUACCAGUUCCUGCAGGUGACUGACGCCACCUUGUUCAGUCUGGACCAGUACAACGGAGAGAUCCGGACCAUGAGGAUGUUCAGCUACAGAGAUCCGCGACACCAGAGACUGGUGGUUGUUGCCAAGGACAACGGGGAGCCCGCUCUGUCUGCUACAGUCACCAUCAAGCUGGCCACAGUGGAGACUGCUGUCAAGGCCUACUCUGACAUGACUGAGGUGCCUCUGGAGUACGACAUCUUCUCUGACCUCAACCUGUACCUGGUCAUCGGUCUGGGCUCCGUGUCAUUUCUCCUGCUCAUCACCAUCUUGGUCACCAUCGUGCUCAAGUGUCAGAAAAGCAAGCCCAGCAAAGCGGCUCCUCCCUGCAGGAACAGUGUGAUCAGUGAGAGGAACUCCACCAUCGCAGACUCCACUCUGGUCUCCAACGAUGCCUACUGGUACAGUCUGUUUCUAGCAGAGACCAGGAAAGGAAAGCUGGUGGUCAGACAGCCUGUGCCAAAGGGCUCCAGAUACAUCGUGUCCAGCAUCCCGAGAGGAACAGGACUCACUGACACCAGUGACUCAGCAGCAUCCACUCUGCAGGCAUCCACUACCAGCAGCAGCAGCUCCCAGUAGAGCCAUGCCUCCAACUGUGUACCAGACGGGUGCCGAUGAGAAAUCUUCACAGAGGAAAGGAGAAGUCCCUGCUCAUAACCCCCAUGUCUGUCCAGCUAUCUCUGACCCUCCUCAUUUCUACCAAUGUGCAGUUGUCAUGCUGAAACACCAAAUCGGACUAUGGUGGCUAAUCACAGACACGACCCUCCCCCUCUCUUUCCCUCCUUCUCCAAGCACAUGGAAAGCCAAUCAACAAUGCCUCUCUGUCCAUUCAGUAUGCAUGAAAAAACUGCAUGGCUUCAACCACACCCCACCUUCAUGUACACACAUUUUAAGGGGAGCUACUCACAAAGAAGCAGACUGUACAAAAAUGCACCAGUGGAUAUUCAAAGAAGCCUCAACAAGAAUGGACACAGGAAUGUUGAAAUGCCUUUAAGAGACUGUUUUCCCUCUCUAAAAAUGAAACGUGUUGGAUAUUACAUUUUUAGCCUCUGUGCUUUGCGUUAACAUUUAAGCUUUGAUGUAUACAAGUGAAACAGCACAAAAUCUAAAUGUCAAAAAAGCACCAUGCAAAGAUUUCAAGUAUGAAAUAUAAGGGCCACAGUAUUUUGUAAAUGUGAUAGCUCUGAGUUUUUCAUUUUGUGCUUUUUGGGUGAGCUGGCCUGAGAUAAUGAAUGAGUGGUAUGGCAUUUAGCUUAGGAGUAUAUCAUACAGAUAGCUGUGAGGCCUUUGGCUACAUAUACAUAUCUGCCUUCAGUUGUUUUUUGCAUGGGUCAGUCAAAGUUUUCUGAUAGCUUUAUGUAACUCACAGUACUGAGCAAUCCAUUUCAACAGCAAGGUGGAAGCUUGAACUCUAUUGGGACCACAAUUAUGUCUUACAAAAGCAUUACUCUUAAUCAUAAACUUUGCAGAAAGGGUCUGUCAUAUCAUACUUCUUUCCCAGUUUCAAGGAAAAAGGAAGAACGCAACAGGAUAAGGACAUUUAUGUGGAUUCAGAAAGUUAGUCAGCUUGAAAUAAAAGUGUACAGUAUGCUUCAGUGUUAGCUUUCUUGAACAUUAUUUGGAGAAUUUGAGUCAUGGGGACCAGAGUGGAAAAAGUGAAAACAGGAUGUCUUUAGGAAAUGAUUGAUAAAUAUCUCCUCAUGACUGUUGUACAUACUGAAACAUAAUCAUGGGCUUUCUUUCAUAUUUAUAGCCAAAUUCUGGAUGCUCCUUAAGUUCGCCAUCUUCUGAGAUUGUGUGACAACUCAGAAAUGAACAUGAUGUCUUAAUGUUUAUACAGUUCUCCAAAUGAAAGCUGUGCUUGUGUGUAUAUCUGACUACUGUAGGUACCUGCUUAUGCAACACAUAAUUAGGGAUACAGAUAUGAGUGUCAUAUAUUUAUACAUCAUAUGUCUGUAUCUUUAAACAUGCCUUUCUUUCAUUACUAAUGCUGAAUAUUUUAAAGUGAACAAAAACAGUGUUACUCCUGUGCCAUUGGACUUAAGAGCCAACCUCUGAGUGAACCUGUAAAAUAGUUAGACAACAUGUAGUAAAACUCUUAAGCACAGCUCACACUGUAAUACUUGUAUAAAGCUGUAAUGGUUUAUAGGCAAACAUACAGUAUACAGUCAGUGCUUUUGUACAAUGAUCAUUUACAGUGCAGUAUGUGGUGACUUGUGUAGUGUGAGCUAACUGUAUGCUAUGGUCUGGUCUGUAUGAUCUAUUAAAUAUAAAACUUAA